UCCGCCUAUUUGGGAAAUGUUGUUUGACGAAAACAAGGGGUAUUGAGAAAAGAAAGAUGAAGCAGAAAAACACGCACACCCAAAUAUGCAAACAAAACAAUAAACAGAGUUUAAUCCCCUUGGCAUUUUCUGAUUCUGAGGACAUUCUCCGUUUUCAACUUUGCCAAGCAUUAUCUCAUUUUUUGGUUUCUUUGUUACAAUCCAAAAUCUUGAUUGAUGUGAUAGAAAAAAUUGACAUAGUCAAAAAUCGAAAAACAAAUUCAAAUUAAUAUUCCUUUCAUUCAAUAUUGUCAUAAAAAACACAAACUUGUCAAUGUAAAAAGAAUUCAAUCUUGAUUUAGAGUUGCAGAAAUGGGUGGUUGUUUUAGCAGGAACAAAUAUGCACAACGAGAUGGUAAAGGGUACAGACCAAGACCGAGAAAAGGGAGCAGUUCUGCAUAUCACCAUUACAAACACCCAGUUUACUAUCAUGAAGCCUAUCCAAGACCACCCCAAGAGAGGCCCUCCUAUAAGCCACUGCCACAACCGCAACAACAACAAAAACAAAAGCAGGCUCACCAAGUUACAGUGAAAAUUACUCAACCACGUAUUCAAGUAAUACAGAGAAUAGGACAAGAUGCCAUUUUGGGUAAGCCAUUUGAAGAUAUUAAAGCACACUACACACUUGGGAGAGAAUUGGGUAGGGGUCAAUAUGGAGUUAUUUACCUUUGUACUGAGAAUUCUACUAGGCAACAUUAUGCUUGCAAGUCUGUCUUGAAGAGGAAGCUUGUGUGUAGGAAAGAUAGGGAGGAUAUUAAGAGGGAGAUUCAAAUUAUGCAGCAUUUGAGUGGGCAAUCAAAUAUAGUGGAAUUCAAAGGUGCUUAUGAAGACAAUUACUCAGUGCACCUUCUGAUGGAACUUUGUGCUGGAGGGGAAUUGUUUGAUAGAAUUAUUGCCAAGGGAUAUUACUCUGAAAAGGAUGCUGCUGAUAUUAUCAGACAGAUAGUAAAUGUAGUCUAUAUUUGUCAUUUCAUGGGUGUUAUGCAUAGAGAUCUCAAGCCAGAGAAUUUCUUAUUGACUAGUAAGGAUGAACAUGUAAUGCUUAAGGCUACUGAUUUCGGGCUUUCUGUCUUCAUUGAAGAAGGUAAGGUGUACCGCGAUAUAGUUGGUAGUGCAUACUAUGUAGCUCCUGAAGUAUUGAGGCGCAGUUAUGGAAAGGAAGCUGAUGUAUGGAGUGCAGGUGUUAUUUUGUAUAUUCUACUUAGUGGUGUACCUCCAUUUUGGGAUGAAACUGAAAAGGGAAUAUUCCAUGCUAUACUAAAAGGAGAAAUUGACUUUCAAAGUGAUCCAUGGCCAUCCAUUUCAAAUUGUGCCAAGGAUCUUGUUCGAAAAAUGCUAACACAGGAUGCGAAAAACAGAAUCACGUCAGGAGAAGUUCUUGAACAUCCAUGGCUUCAAAGUGGAGAAGCAUCAGACAAACCAAUAGACAGUGCAGUGCUCUCCAGAAUGAAGCAGUUCAGGGCAAUGAACAAGCUCAAGAAACUAGCACUGAAGGUCAUUGCAGAAAAUUUAUCUGAAGAAGAAAUUAAAGGUCUGAAAUCUAUGUUUGCAAACAUGGAUACAGACAAUAGUGGGACAAUAACUUACGAAGAAUUAAAAUCAGGAUUGGCUCGCCUUGGAUCAAAGCUUUCAGAGGCUGAAGUUAAGCAACUUAUGGAAGCUGCUGAUGUGGAUGGAAAUGGAACGAUUGACUACAUUGAGUUUGUUACUGCAACAAUGCAUAGACAUCGACUUGAAAGGGAUGACCAUCUGUUCAAAGCUUUUCAGUAUUUUGAUGCAGACCAUAGCGGAGGUUCAAACCUGGAUUUGUGUAUGAAUGUUGGUGGCCAACUUUACCCACUCCUGAUAUUGAUCCACCAUCUGAAACUGCUCCACAACUAGAAUCUGAGAAUUCUUCAAGGCCUGCUUCUCUUGAGCCUACUCGACGAUCUACCAGAGUAUCUCGUACUCCUAAUUGGUAUGGCUUUUCACCUACUUUAUCCACCAUUUUUGUUCCAACUUGUUACUCACAAGCUUUUAAGCAUGGAUGUUGGUAGAAAAUAAUGGAGGAAGAACUUUUGGCUCUUAAAGAAAAUGACACAUGGGAUAUUGUUUUAUGUCCUUCAAAUGUCCAUCCAAUUGGAUAUAAAUGGGUUUAUUCAAUUAAACUUUAUCCUGAUGGAACUCUUGAUCGGUACAAAGCUUGGUUGGUUGUUCUUGGUAACAGAAAAGAGUAUGGUGUGGGCUAUGAGGAGACUUUUGCACUGGUAGCAAAAAUGACUACGGUGCAAACUAUUAUUGCCAUUGUUGCUUCACAAAACUGGGCUCUUCAUCAAAUGGAUGUGAAAAAUGCUUUUCUUCAUGGUGAUCUCAAAGAGGAUAUUUAUAUGAAACCUCUACCAGGUUUUUCCUUAUUGCCUACAUCAGAUGUACAUAAGUUGAAGAGGUCUUUGUAUGGAUUAAACAAGCCCCCAGAGCUUGGUUUGACAAAUUUCGUCUUACUUUGCUACAAAUCUCUUUUGAGCAGAGCAAAUAUGACUCUUUAUUUCUUCGAAAAACAUUUGCAGGUUGUAUUCUUCUUUUGGUAUAUGUAGAUGACAU